AUGGUAAGUUUUUUACUUUCAUUGCUGUUUCUUGGUGUUUAGGUUGAUUGAAAAAGUUGAGUACGUUUUACUUUUACGGACAAAGCAAAAUUUUAAAUAUCUUUUUAACCGUAAAAUCUGUUUAGAAAGUGUUCGGUAGGUAGUGCAGGUAUUUCACCGAUUGUGUCUAAAAACAUCUUGAAUAAGGGCACUUUUUGACUUGUAUGGUUUAGGCAUUAUUUUGCGAUUGCCUGCUUUCUUCGUUAUUUGUUAAUGGCAUUGUUAAUUUCAGGCCAAGCGAACCAAAAAGGUAGGAAUCGUCGGUAAAUACGGAACCAGAUAUGGUGCCUCCCUGAGAAAGACCGUCAAGAAGAUGGAAGUCUCCCAGCACUCCAAGUACACCUGCUCAUUCUGUGGAAAGGAAGCCAUGAAGAGAACCUGUGUUGGUAUCUGGAAGUGCAGCAAGUGCAACAAGGUUGUCGCUGGAGGAGCCUACGUCUAUGCCACCACAGCCGCUGCCACCGUCCGCUCAACCAUCCGUCGUCUUCGUGAAACCAAGGAGUUGUAG